UCUCUCUUCUUCUUCUCUUUAUCUGAGUUGCCGUGGCGGUCGUUGAUAUAGUUUUCGGCCAGUGUUGUACCUACUAAAGUAUAGACUACCAUGCUUGAUGAUGUCCGCUUCACCCCAAUCAAAAAAAUCACUCCUACACUCGCGGCAACGAUCGCGAUCCCGAUCGAUAUCGCCUUCGCCAUCCUCUCCUUCGGACCUCAACUAUACCACCGCGUCAUCCAAUGAACUCGCCCAAGUCCCCAUCCCAGCUCCAGCGAGCUGGCUCACCCUCCCGCACAAACGCCAACUCUUCGUCCUCGCGCUCUGUCGACUGAGCGAGCCCCUCACCAAUACCUCACUGCUAAGCUACCUCUACUUCCUGAUCGAGUCCUUCCACUCGCCGGGCACGGCGCCUCCAUCCGCGGCGACCAUCGCGCGUCGCGCCGGAAUCCUCGCCUCCUCAUUCGCGCUUUCGCAAUGUCUCACGGGGAUGGUAUGGGGACGGCUAUCAGACCACAUCGGACGCAAGCCAUGUGUUCUCCUCGGGCUGCUCGGCAGCGCGCUCUCGAUCCUCGGCUUUGGCUUCUCGGAGACGUUUGAGAGCGCUCUGAUGUUCCGCGUGCUGGCCGGCUGUCUGAACGGGAAUGUGGGCGUGCUGAGGACUAUGCUGAGCGAGACCAUACGCGAGAAGAGGCAUCAGAGCCGUGCGUUCCUCAUCAUGCCUAUGUGCUUCAACGUAGGCAUCAUCCUUGGCCCCGCGUUGGGCGGCGUCCUCGCUGAUCCGGCGAGCUCGUGGCCGGAGGUCUUUGGGAAUUGGGAGUGGUGCCACAGGCAUAGGUGGGCGCUGCCGAAUGUGGUCAGCGCCAUGUUCUUGAUGGGGAGCUUUAUUGCGGGACUGAUGUUCCUGGACGAGACGCUGGAAAGCAAGAAGCAUCGCAGCCUCAGUCGCGACGUACAAUCCUUCCUAUCGCGUCAAUUCCAUCGUCUACGCGGGGAUCAAACAGAUGAGACCUCGCCCCUCAUCGCCAAGCCAGCCACACCACCGCCGCCGUCCCCACCGCGCAAAAUCCUGACUCCCAACAUAAUCAAGACGUUAUUUUCGUUUAUGCUCCUGCCGCUGCACAACAGCACGUUCAUGAACCUGUACCCACUGUUACUCUCAGCGCCGCACGGCACACCUCUGCACGGCGGGCUCUCGCUCUCUGCGCAGUCCGUAGGCCUCGCGCUAUCGAUCCUCGGCGCCGUCGGAAUCGCCUUCCAGCUCCUCCUGUACCCGCCGCUGCAAGCACACUUUGGCCUCCUCCGCUCGUUCCAGCUCGGCUGCUGCCUCUUCCCGGUAGCAUACAUGCUCACCCCGUUCCUGUCGUUCCUCAGCCCGGGCUCUACGGUCAUGUGGGCCGGCAUCAUGGGGAUCCUCGGGAUGCAAGUAGCCGCGCGAACGUUUGCGCUCCCUGGCAGCGUGAUAUUGCUGACCAAUAGUGUCGAGGAGGAGGGCGUGCUCGGCACUGUCCACGGCAUCGGAAGCAGCCUGGCGAGUGCCGGGAGAGCCGUAGGGCCUGUGAUGGGCGCGUGGCUGUUUGCCGUCGGACUCGAGGGCAGUGGCGGGAUGGGCAUCGGCGGCGUAUUUUGGGGGCUAGCGACAGUCGCUGCUACUGGUGCCGUGUGGGGGCUGAGGCUGAAGGAGGGGAGGGGGUUGGGCGUGUAGAUUUCACAGUUCGAUCUAGAGGACACCGACAAAGACAUUCAUAGAGUAGAGUAGAGUAGAGUAACCGAAACAAAACAUACCAGUACCAAAGUACGGGC